GCAGCAGAGGAGAGGAGAGGAGCAUCUGAGAGGAAGCUGCACGCCUGCAGACAGAGGGAGGAGAAGACUGAGUACUUCUUCUUCUUCUUCUUCUUCUUCUUCUUCUUCUUCUUCUUCUUCUCCUCAGCACUAUCCAGGAGGCAGGGAGCAGAAAGAGACGGAGAGAGAGGACGAGGACAGGAGAUGGGGAGAUAGUGAGAGGAGGAGGAGGAGGAGGAGGAAAAAGUAUCCCUCCCUUCCACUUAGAGAGAGAGAGAGACAAAGAAGGGAGAGAAAACAAAAGGGAAUCUGCUGGAGAGACUGUGAAGUGAGGGAGAGGGAGGGACGCAGCGGACGGGAGAUAGUUAGAGGAACCGCAAGACUGAUCAAUGAGCAGCUGAGAUUUUUGAGAGGGGAGAGAGAGAUUUAGACUCAGCAAAGAAAGCCAGGGAGGAGUGGGAGAGAGGGAGGGAGAGACUGAUGAAUGAAAGAUGGGAGCAAAACAUCUGGAGGGGAGAGGACUGAAAGAGGAAGAUUUAAAGGGAGAAGGAGGAAUCUGACACAGAAAAGAACGAGGAGAAUAAAAAAAACACUUAGGGAGGAUAAGAGUGGAAAGAAAGGAGGAGCAGGAGGGUUAAAUAUUCAAGAGGAGACAGAGACUGAGGGGAGAUGAGAGGAGAGGAGAGGAGGCAGAGUCGAAAACUUAGAGAAGAGAAGGAAUAAAUCAGAGCAGCGAGGGGAACCUGCUAUUUCUUCUUCCCUCUACUUUAUAAAACAGAGGAGGAGGGGAUGGAGUGACGGGGAGUUGAGGAGGACAGAAGAAGACGGAGGAGAGGAGGCAGUUUCAAAGACUUUCUCCUCAGCAUCCAGAUUUGAAAAAGAGACAAAUAAGUUGAUAUUUUUAAACAUAUGAAUUCAAACUUCAUCCAAUGGCGUGCUACUACAUCGUGAUCAGUUCCACCCACCUGCGUGACGGACAGCUGAGGAGCAUCAAGGGGGUGUUCAGGGGACCAAUCGGAGCCAACGGGCAGCGGAACACGGAGGAAGCCGACUCCAGUUUCUACUGCGAGUUGUGUGACAAACAGUACGUGAGACACCAGCAGUACGACAACCACAUCAACUCCUACGACCACCACCACAAGCAGCGUCUGAAGGAGCUGAAGCACAGGGAGUUCUACCGAGCGCUGGCCUGCAGGAGAAAGAGACGCCGGCGGGAGGAGAGGAGAGAGGAGCGAGUGCUGAGGAGGCUCCACCAACAUGAGGAGAGGAGGACAGGAGAGUGCGCUCCAGGUUCUGGUCCGAUGUUCAGAUCCACCACGGUGGCUGUGGAUCCAGAGACGCAGAGCAGACCAGACUUUGAGCAGAACUGGGUCGACGUCCACACGAGCGGCUCCACACUGGGAACAAAGCCUCAAACUCCGCUGAUCAAGCCCUUCCUUCCCCUGGACACCCGACUCCUGGGCGACACGCGGUGGGCGUACGACGCCAACGACACCGCUACCGCUGCCGAGUCCUGCAUCCUCGACCGGACCCGUGUGGACUACAAUGACCUGACGGCCGCCCCCACCCCCCACAGCAUCAUGAACACUGAUAACACUUCUACAAGCACCAGACACUUUAACAACGUCGCUCGGGCUCAUAAUCAUUUAAACGACCCAGUUACUCCCAAUAAAAUCCCCACAACUGCCUCAGAGAACAGCUUCAGUAAAAACACCACCGCCUUCAGCAGCAGAGGUGUGCGCGCAGCCUCGGACGUGCGCUUCGUCCAAAGCCGAGUCCGUCCCGUGUCCUUCUCGCUGCCCAAAAGAAGCUGCGUGCUCCUCCACCAAUCAGCAGCCGUCUUCAUCCAAGCCGGGCGAGGCUCCGGCACGUCGGGGAAGCCCGAAGGUGUGACGGCACACGAAAGGACAAAAGAUCUCGGGGAGAAAGUUGCAGAGCAGCAGCUAAAAUCUCCGGUGUCUGCAGACGUGGAUCUGGUAGCUGUGGAUCGCUUGGAGAGUAAAAGUGAAAUCCAGCUCUCUGAGGCUGGAGCCAGUGUGUCGGCUGAGAGAGGAACCGAGGGACUCUCUGGGACCAGAGCCCAGGUUUCUACAUGUGAUCGCAAUGUGAUCGGGGGUGAUGACUCGAAUGGGACUGGAGCCCCAGUCAGCAGUGAGAGUGGGACUGGAGCAGAUCCUUGUUUAAAUAAAGGGACACCUGGACAGAUUUGUGACAGUGUUAUCAUGGCUCAAGCUUCAGUCUGCAGAGACACUGAGGCUGAAGCUCACGAUGAAGAGAACAAUCGGACAAUCGAGUCAGACCCCAACCAAGAGUUGAAAGAUCUGCUUUGUGAGGCUACAAAUCAACCUGAGAAAACUACUUCUGAUGUUUUAAAUGAGACCAAAGAGUCUUCAGUUCAAACGCAGCUCAAAGAAUCAAACGUCUCUCCAUCAGAAUCACCUUCGUCGCUCCCAAGUCGUCCCAAAGAGCCGUUCUGUCAUGUGCUGAGCCGAGACGGCAGCAGGGUUCUUCUCUGGCCAUCGGAGAUGGUUAGCUACACCAAGACUUCACCCCCCAUCUCCUACAGCGUCAACCCUCUCCUGUACGACUUCAGAGCACAUAACAGGGCCAAGGAAAGGGGCGAGGACAAGAAAGGAGGGCUGGAGGAAGGCAGGGAGAGAAUAAAGCCAUCUGUGAUCAAACAACCCGACUGCCAACAGAGGGAGGAUGAUAUGGAGGGAGGAGGAGGAGGGGUAAAGAUAGAUGAAAGGGAAGAGGAGGAUGAAGGAGGACAGGCAGGAAAUCCUGUGGAACUUGUAGCCCAUUGUAGCGCCGGCGAUGCAGUCCUGGAUCGCUCUGGCUGCCGUGAUGAAAACGCUUUAAAAUUCGUUCCCGUUUCUGCAGAGUGCCACCUCGCACCGGCGCUAGGCCUUCAGAGAAGUGACGGGAGGAAGAGGAGAAGGAGAAAGAGGAGGGGAGGGGUGAGGAGGGGAAUGAGGAAGAGGGGGAGACGGAAAAGAGGAGAGGAGAUGGAUAGGAAGGACUCAGAAAGGGGAAGAAGGAUAAUAAGUAGUCUCUCUGUGAAUCAGAUGUGUGAAGGGAGAGGAGAGGAGAGGUUGAAAAGAGAGGGCGACGAAAAAGAGGAGAGGAGAGUAAAGGGGCUAUUAAGUAAUCUUGCAGCGCAUCGGCUGGUAGGAGGGAAAGAAAAGAGGAUGAGGAGAGAAGAGGGAAGGAUAAGAGGAGAUCAGGCAGAGAGAGAGAGGGCAGGCCGAAAUGACGAGAAGAUAGGAGAGCUAUUAAGUAAUCUUCCUGUGAAUCGGUGUAAUCGGUGUAACCAGCUGUGUCUGCAGGUGAAAAAGGAGGCCAGGCAGCAUCAAUCCCAGCAAUCAGCCUCCGGGUGGGACCAGGGGCUCAGAAAGCUCCUCUGCAGGGGUGCAGCAUGUAACUCAGUGAUUAGCCCCGUCCGCGGGUCUGUUAUAGACGCGCCAUGCUGUCCUGCAAUUACGCCCGACCCUGCUCAGAAUGACAGAUUGACGGAGGAGAUACACAAAAAUACGCAUGUGGAGAAGGAGGACGGGCGGCGAGAUGAGGAGCAAAGGUAUCUGAGGAAGACAGAGGGGAUGAGAGCCGCUCAGGAGGCUCAGGAAAAUGCGUGUAACCCAGGGAUUAGCAGUGUUUCUUUUGCCUGUCGAGGCGCCGCACGCGAGGCAGAAAUUCAUCUUGUUCCUCCGCCUCACAGGGAAACAGCAGGUGCUCCAGCGAUUAGCCCCGUCCCUGCUCCCUUUAGAGAAGCAGCGUGCAGUCAAAGACAAACAAUACCUGUAGGACACAGCGAUCUCAUGUUAGGCCCGGCUCCACGCUGCUCGUCUCAACAGACACUAACGGAACCGAGAAUUAGAUCUGCCGGCGCAGACAUGACCCUCCCCGGAGACGUCGUUUCAAAGGAAGCGAUGCCAAUGAGAGCGGGAGCGGGCGGCAAGAGGACGGGGGAGCCGCCGGAGGCUGAGGCGACACCGAGGAAGAAAAGGAAGCGAGGAAGGAGGCAAGCGAAGAGAGCUUUCUGUUUCCCGACGCAGCGACAGGAAAGAGCUGCUGUCGGCCCGACCUCUGACCCCGGCGCACAAUACGUUGAGGAGCUAAAACCCAACAGCUACGAGACUCGGACACUUUGGCUUGACUGCGACAUGGCGGAGUGCAGUGCAGAGGACAAAAACAUGGAGGAGGCAUUUAGUCGUAACACCACGGACAAACUGAUUAACUGCUGCGAUGACAGUGGACGCAGCGCAAAUGGAGCCGAGGGAAAGAGCUGGACUGAGUUAGACUGUCGAAACACACCAAGCGACGAAAAACAGAACGAUGGGAGCGUCUGUGGCGCUGCAGACGACAACAACGGCAAAUUAAAGAGCGACAGAGACGAGGAUGUUUCUUCCGAUCGUGUAGACGACGCUAAAGGGAUUAACACGGUGUACACGUCUGCGGACGCACUGUCAAAUGACUCGUUCACAGGCAGCACUAAUCACACACACACACUUUUCUGCCAACGUAAAAACGAGCACACGACGAAUGGAAAAAUGUGCGUCGUCUCCGAUUCCAGCCAAACGUCUCGUGUUUGUGGGGAAACCACAGUUCAGAGCGAUGUCUGUAACACUGCAAACGACUGUAAUGACGGCUGUAACUGUAAAACCAAUGACACGUGUAAUCACGACUGCAGUUACGACCGUGCAAAUGACAAAUGUGGCCGUGGUGAGAAGGGUAGCCGCUCUGAUUCGGCGGCUGAUUACAGUAUCUGCAGCGGGACGGAGCAGAGGAGCGGCAGCGGCGUUGAUGAUGUUGACAUCGCUCCGUGUGAUUAUUUUAUCAGUACUCGUGUCCCUGAUUGUACAGUUGAUGAUAACAAUAGAGCGAGAAAUGAAGAGAAAGACGUGCGUACAAAGCAGAAGGAGGAGCAGAGAGAUGUGGAGAAGCAGAAAGAGACUGAGAGGUUGAAGGUGAAGGAGAAGCGGGAGGAGUGGGAGAAGGAGUGGGUGAGGAGGAAGGAGAAAGAAAGGGAGGAGAGGGAAAGGGAGAGGUGGAAGGAGGUCGAUUUCGAACACCUCUACUCAGAGAAGAGGCCUCGUUUCCCGCACGGCCUCCCUCCUCCGCCGUGCAUCCCGCUCCACGGUCCUCUCCUCCUCCGCCCAUCCCUCUCCCCUUCAUCUUCUUUCUCCUUCCAUCACACCUUCAUCCAGCAUCACCUCUCCCUCCUCCCGCCUCCGCCGCACCUCCCCGUCCCGUCGUACCCUCAGCUCCUUCCCUCCUUCUCGCAACAUCUCUGUCCCCUGGCUCUUAAUCCACCUCCCGCGCCUCCUCCCCCGCCUCUUGCUCCCUCUUUCUACACCUCCUCCCCUAUCUCUCUCCUAGAUGCCCCCGGCCCAUAUCCCAUAGCAACAACGUUUCACCCUAUGCAGAGUCACCACCACUCCCUGUACCCCCCACCACAUCCUGCAGUCUUGCCUUUACAAGUGUUGUUCUGAAAUUAUUUCAUUUUUUUUUUUUUACAGAGGAAAAGAAAUAGACUCAUGAAAGGUACAUUUUUCCUAUUUCCCAAGGAAAGAGUUGUCAGCCGGGUGAAAGCAGCUUUUAUGUGUCAUUACCUUCAUACUGGAGGCGAGGAUGAAACGCCAGGGUUAACGAGACUUAAGUAGAAAAACAAAACUGCUUUUUCUCACAGCCAAACCUCUGGUAACUGACAGCACUGACUCACACGUGAAGAAAUGAUGGCUAAUUAUCCUCAUCAGUCUGAAGACGCACUCAGAAUGAGCCUCAGGUGUUCAGCCUGGCGGGAUCGUGGCGAGGACACGCAGCUGGGCUCAUUUCCCUCGCUAGAAAUAAGUCGAUGGUCCUGUUUUGCAUUUUAAACCAAUGAUUUGCUCGCGAGGAUGCAUGUUAUGGUUUCUGACUUUAAAGGACAAAUCCAUUCCUGUGCAAAUAUCUUCAGUCUGUGGUUAUAAAUACAGGAUUUCUUCCCUUAGAGCUCCGACUGAUUUCACAUAUUUACUCAUUUUCUUUUUCUUGCUCUCGGCCGGGGGUCAUCAACAGCUGAUGACCUGCAAGACCUUUUAAGCCAACCCCUGCGUCGCUGCUCAGAAUAGAAACAGGUUCCUUUCAUCAGUCUUUCUAAAUGUUUGGAACGAGAUGUCGGAGUUUCCUGUGCAAAGUUAUUAUUAACUAGUGUCUGUUCUAAACCUGCCUGUAGCUUUCUUUCUGAAACUGUUAAAGUGCAGCAUUUGAACCGCGGCACGUAAAGAUUUUCACCUAGAACCAAAACACACAUCACGAUUUGUCUCAUCGGGCUCAACAAGGUGUGACAUCCUCUACCGUCGACAAGAGUUAGAACAAACUAUAUGGACAAAACCCAUAGAAACUUCAGCGAGUCACAUGUGAGUCAACAUUCACGAGAGGUGUAAUAAUAGUAGUAUGUGUGAGUAGGUAUAUUGUAUAUCUAGAUCAGCUGCCACCAAUAUCACAGGCGGCACAAACAUCACAGCCAAAUUCUCAGCACCAGGUCGUACAGACCUGAGCAUCAAGCAGCCUCAUUGUCUCAUCCAGCUCCUGUGAGGAGGCAGAAAAUAUGAAUAUAAUAAUGUGAAUUCAUCAUCAGAGGAAAAACAAAUGUCUCAGCUGUGCACGUUCAACCUUAGUUUUCAAAAGGAACUCUCAAACCACCGAGCAGACAUGUCCUAGUUUCUACAUGUUCAGAGAUGCCAGUAAUUAGACCAAGUCGGAUGUUGAUGGACACAAUUGUUCCACAGUGUUCUGCAUAGAGGAAAUUAAGAAGCUGCUUAUAAUGAUGAAUAAACUGCUGCAGGAAGUUGUCAAACAAUAAAAAACUGUCUUGAAAACUUUAAAGAAACAUUUUGUUUCCUCUUUGUUAAGUUGAAUUAGAACAAAGCAGAAGACGACAUUGAUUUGUUAUACACAGGCAGCGAAAACAGCAUGUGUGAAUUCACUAUGUAACAUGUGUACAAUUACUUUGCAGUAUGUAAAUGUUUAACAGUGCUGCUACAUGCUGAUGUAUCAUUAUGUAUUAUUUAGUAUCUCAGCAUCUUCUGUAUAUUUCUCCCUGUGUGGCUGUUUAGUCUGAACAUUAAGUUUAGAAAUCUCUUUGAUUCUGAGGGGCCGACUCCGGCGCCUCCACUUUUCCUAGUGACGUUUUAAAAAGGGUUGAUUUUCUGCCGUCUCACACGCAGCCGCACUAAAAAUAUCCCCACAUGAUGGAGAACUUUUACAUUUAGUGACUCACCCCAAAAAGAAACGUAUGCAGGAUGAUUCAGUGCAUCAACGAUACGCACAACAUUGGUUUGAACACAACAUUACAAACAGGCAGGUUUAGAACAGACACUGAACAAGAGUAUUCAAAGUUCAGAGUGUUUCUUGGAAGUGGGACUUUUCCUCUCAGAACAUCCCCUCAGGGUGGAGUUCUCCUUUAAAGCUGAGGGUUAAAGCGGAUCCACCCUUGAUCUUUGUUCUUAUUUUCCUCUUCUGAUUCUAAAUUCUUCACAUUACGAACCAUCAAGUGCAGGAGAUAUACCUCGAAAUGCACAUCCCGUGACUCCCCUGUGUCCUUAUCGCCCACACUCACUAUCGCUUUGUUUUUCUCUGACGUCUCCUCUCACUUUGAACAUCUGGCUUUGCUGCGACUGUAUUAUUCUGGGGAAGUAGCAAUGACAGACAAAUGGAGAUAUGAGUCUGCAUGAAAGGAGGAAGGAGAUGUUACGGACAGAUCACCGCCCUCGGCCGGACUCUAAAACACUUGAUGGAUUUAAUCCCGGACGUCUGGACACAUGCAGGCUGUUUGAUCACUACAGUUUCCAGCUGCUGAUUCCUCACCACGAUGACCUCUGGUAUGUUGGACAUGUUGCCAUGGUGACUCUGCGGAGCCGGCGGCGACACACUUGCAGCUUGAGGAGUUAAUGAUUGGAGGUAGCGACGUGAAACUGCUUCAUGACCUGCGCGGCACAGAGUUCUACGACGGCGACACGCUCGCUCCCUGUCGCUCUGUGGGGUUUUGGAAGCAUAUGUGUUCUCAAUGAACGUAGGUUUUUAUUUAUUACUGUGAUAUAACCGUGUAAAUUAGAGGAAAAAAGCUGUUAUUACAUGUAUUUUUGUAGAGAAACCUCAGUUGAAUGAGGCCCAGUUUUUGUAAAAUGUACCCUGAACAUUAUUUUAGCUAGUAAACGAACUCUGCACCUACUCAACCUGUCCUCUCGUUAAGCUGUUGUACAUACAUGUAUGUUCUUUAACGUCCUCAUAGUCAACGGAUGGGUUUAGAGCGACGCGCUGGAGUUACAUCGGAAAGCAGUUUUCCCCCAGUUUUGUCAAAGAAAUGUCUUGAGAUCCUGAUAACCUAAUAUUUGGCUACAUCCUUUGUGUAAUCUAAUUCCAGCCACAGCUGUUAUCCCUGCUAAUGUAAUAGAUCUAGUAAACCCAUGGAGAAAAGCAAAUUACUCUGAAUAAUGGAAAUAAAUCAGCAGACUUGA